UUGAUGUGGCGCAUAAAUUGUUUGUUAUUGCCAGCGCAGGAUAACCGUCGUCGUCGCAGUCGCCGUCGCCGUCGCUUGACCCACGGCCGGGCAUCGGAAGUAACGCCAAUUUCAGUCGCUCGCCGAUUAACCCAGCGAUUAGUCGUUCAUUAAGUCGUUCCGUGACCAUAACCGAACCGAACCGGCCCCAAAUGCAACGCCAACACCAAGAUCUGGUGGCUGCCGUGCAGGGAAAUGCUAGGGAUACCAUCAGGACCUCCAGUCCCAUUCCGUCGCAGACAAACACAAAUAUCCCGACUCCGCAGCGUCCGUCGUCGCCGCGGCAGUUCUUCGAGCGACUCUACGGGCACCUCGAGACGCGCAGCAGCGAGAGCGGCGACAUCGAUGUGGGCACCCACCACAAGCCCCCGCCGCCCUGCGACACGCCCUACCACAGCGACGGCGGCAGCGUGUCGUCUCCGGACAUCUCCAUCAGCGAUGAGCGCGUGUCGCUCGUUGGGUUUCCCCCAUAUGACAUUUAUGGUGCCUCCAAGGAUUACCCGCCGCCGCCGCAGCAGCAGAAGCACAGCUACGUGGAUCCGCCGCAAGGGAUUACCACGGCAAGUGGGGCUCCCGUAGCCGUACUGCCACCUGGAUUUCCACCUGGGUUUCCUGGUGAUCCGCAUUUCAGCGCUGGAUUUACUGCCUUUUUGGCACGCCGUCGUCGCAAAGAGGGAAGACAGCGUCGCCAGCGAACCACCUUCAGCACCGAGCAGACGCUGCGUCUGGAGGUGGAGUUCCAUCGGAACGAGUACAUCUCCAGGAGUCGCCGCUUCGAGCUGGCCGAAACGCUGCGGCUCACAGAGACCCAGAUCAAGAUCUGGUUUCAGAAUCGUCGGGCAAAGGAUAAACGGAUUGAGAAGGCGCAAAUCGAUCAGCACUACAGGAACUUUGUCGUGGCCAAUGGUUUUAUGAGCUCUAUAAUGGGUCAGACUACACCGAGCUAUGCCCCCGCCCCCGCCAGCAGUGCGACGUCCCUACCAGUGGGCCUCGCUUACUAUCCAACGCUGCCAAAGGACAGCACGCAGGGCCAGCACGUAAAUAACAAUGGUGGACAUCCAGAUGCUAAUUAUAUAGACAUCGAAGAGCGAUACGAGACGCAGCAACGCCGACGCCUUUUUCAACAUCAGCAACAGCGUCGGUGGCGGCAGCGCAAGUGCCAGCAGUCGAGCAGUCAAUACUUGCUAGCAAUUAACCAGGAAACUACUUUUAACUGAGCUUUAACUUAGAUUUAGCCACUAAUCAUCAGCUUAAGCUAAUUACCGAAUAAAUUUAGCUGCAAACAAAAUCACUUAACCAACGUAUUUCUCUGGUUAUCUCACCUUUUAGACACUAGUGAAAGUUUGUACAGAACAUUACCACACUCUUGGCCCCCGCGGGUUUUUGUUUAUAUAAGAAAAGAGACAAAAAAAUUUUGUUUUUACAAAUAGAAGAAAAACUAACAAACAAAAA